CCCAUUCAUCUCUUCUUUCUAUCCCAAGUCUCUAAUCUUUUCAAAUGGAUGUCACCUUUGAAUGCCAGAGAGGCAGAUCUUUCUCCAUUGAAGUUGGUUUCUUUGACACUGUCCUGGAAAUCAAAGAAAAGGUGCAGAAAUACCAGGGAAUACCUAUAUCUAGACAAACUCUUGUUUUCAAUGGCCAAGUUCUCCAGGAUGAGCGAGAUGUUGAGUAUUGUGAAAUCCUCCAGAACUCCAGCAUUCAACUCCUCGUGGCCCCGGAGGCCGACAAACCUCAGGUGGUCAAGACUGAAAAAUCUUCCCCGUCGAAGAAACUCCAACUCAAGAUCAACAUACCAUCCUCCAAGGCCUCCAUUCCUCUUGAGAUGGACGUGAACGACACUGUCCUACGGUUAAAAGAAAAGAUUCGUGAGAUGGAACCGGUCCCUGUCAACAGGUUAGUAGUGCAAUCAAGCGGGGCGGAGUUGCAGGACCAUCUAUCUCUACGCGACUGCGAGCUCCCUGAUAAUACUGAGAUUGACGUAAAUAUCAAGCCGUCGCCCACAGGUUCAGGGACAGGGUCGGCAGGGGCCUCGACGGGGACCAAAAGGCUGCUGAAGGUGAUGGUGUUGCCCAAGUGCGGGACCAAGAAGAUACCGGUGGAAGUCAAUGCAUCGGAUAAUGUUGCAGAGCUGAGAAAAGAACUGCAGAAGUUGCAGCAAAGGCUUCAGUUCCAUCUCCCGCAGGAAGGUUACUUUUUCAUAUAUAAACAGAAUGUGAUGGACGAUGAUCGAUCGUUUAGGUGGCACCAUGUUGGCCAAGGUGAUACCAUUGAGAUCUUUAACGGAAGUGUUACCGGAGGAUCAUGAAACAGUUUCAUGUUCUUUUGUCAGUGGUGCUGUAACCUAGCUACUGGUUUUUAAUAUGCUUGUUUAGUUUAUCUCUUUUCUUACAUUUUCCUUUAACUAUAGGGCUGAAGAGGCAAGAUAUUAUA